GUGGAAGUUCGUGUUUAUGGAUAAUUGGAUAACAAAUAUUGUUUGAAAAGUGUGGGGAAUUUUGUUUUGAUUUUUUUGAAAGACCGCUUCUUUUUAGAAGAAAACAAAACAAGCAAUCAAGGCGGGAAGGUAUUAUGCUUUCUCGCCGUACGCGAUAUUCGUCCUUGUGGUGAUGUACUUAAGUGUCAAUAUCGGGAAGCGUGUUUUCAAUUCUACAUAUUAAUAAUAGGUGUAGGGUAGAUAUAGAAUCCAUGUAUAUUGUAGUGGAUCAUGUGGUUAAGAAGUGAAAAGCGCAACAAAUUACGCACAUUUUCUUUAUGCACAAGUAAAAUUAAAAAGGCUAAAAGGGCGUUAAAGAAAACGAAGGAAUGGUCACAAGGAUGCUCAAAGAAAAUCGCUCUGUCUCUGUAUAAGAACUACAGCAAGCUGAGAAAAAAAAAGUCAAACAGCAAAUGUAUGCAAAAGCCUAAUGGAUUUCUCUCAAAGAGAGUUACACAGAAUUGCAAAGAGAAUUACGAAGCUCAAAUGGUUCCAGAACUGCGUGAUUUAAAAAAAACCAAUGAGAUAAAAAUGGAGUCUGAAAAAAGUAUCGAAAUAAAAUUCGAGGAGAACCUUAGUUGUGAUCCUUUUAUGGGCAUCAAUUCCAAUGGUCAGACCUUUACUACUUUAGAAAACACCAAUGUUGACCUACCAAAAGAAAUAGAGUAUUCAAAAAUCGAAAUUGACUCGAAUCUUAACAUUAGUUGUGCUGAGAAUAUAAGGAGCAUUGAAGUAUAUGACAAAAUUGAUCUUACUGAUAAGCGAGUUAUCGAUUUUGACAAAUCUAAGUACACCUAUACUGCUUUUUCGCAUAAAUUUUGCGAAAGCAUGUACUAUGAUUAUCCACCAGAAAGUUCUGCUUACCAAGAUUAUGCAUUAACUAAUGAUUUUAAUCAAUUCAACGGUAAUUCGGAUUUCACGACUUUGUUGGAUGAAGAAAUGUCUAAAACGAAUGCCCUUUUAGCUAUGAAUCAUAUAAAUGCUGAGUAUGACUAUAAUAUACAACAGUACUGCGAAAGUCCGCCCAGCGACAAUCUUAUUACAAGCCAACAAUCCCCGAGAGUUCAGGUAAAUGGAGAGGAGCGACUGGACGGGAAUCCUGAACAUGUGGAAGUCGAAGACACUUGGGAAGCAUUUGAUCCAUAUGUUUUUAUCAAGCAUUUGCCACCUUUGACUGUUGAAAUGAGAUCCAAAUGUCCUGCACUACCACUCAAGACAAGAUCCAGUCCAGAAUUUAGUUUGGUUUUAGAUCUUGAUGAAACUUUGGUUCAUUGCAGUCUCCAGGAACUGCCUGAUGCGAGUUUUCACUUUCCCGUUUUGUUUCAAGAUUGUUCUUACACUGUAUACGUUAGGACGCGUCCUUUUUUUCGCGAAUUCCUUGAAAAAGUAUCGCAAUUGUUCGAGGUCAUCCUGUUCACUGCGUCGAAACGCGUUUAUGCCGAUAAAUUACUAAAUUUGUUGGACCCCGAACGCAAGUGGAUUAAAUAUAGACUCUUCAGGGAGCACUGCAUAUGCGUCAAUGGAAAUUACAUCAAGGACCUUUCGAUAUUAGGACGAGAUUUGUCCAAAACCAUUAUCAUUGACAAUUCACCACAGGCAUUUGGAUAUCAUUUGAAUAAUGGUAUCCCAAUUGAAAGUUGGUUUGUAGAUCAAACUGAUUCUGAACUUUUGAAACUUCUUCCAUUUUUAGAAGAUUUGGUACAGAUGAAGGAAGAUGUGCGUCCACAUAUUCGCAACAAAUUUAAAUUGUUCAGUUAUUUACCGCCAGAUUAAGGGAACCUGCUUUGUACUUAGACAAUCGAAUUAUUAAGAGAAAUAUGUUUUAAUGUUAUACAUCAUGAACGAAUCGUCUAUUAGUACAAAAAAGGAAUUGUUGCCUUGUAAUCUACAAGUGAGUGAUUAGGAGUUUUAAAGCACAAAUAUUCGCUUUUAUUCACGAUUUUAAAUACUAUAAAAGUUAAGACGGAAUUAGAUAAAAUAUUUUAUACUUUUUAAUAAUCAGUACAUAUUUAUUUAUAUAAUAUUAUGUCACAUUAAGUUCAAAACAUUUCAAUCAUCAUCAAACUCAUUAUUUAUGUCGUCAUUAAUAAAUGGUAAUUUUAUAUCAUGAAUUUUACGAUUUUGUCUCGAAUUAUUUUUAAAGUAAUUUUGUUUUAAUGUAUACAUAUUUAAAACCAUUGUGUAGUCCAUCAAAAUUGCCAUACGUAUACAUAUUUAGAAAAAAGAAUAGCGGCGUUUUUAUCUAACGCUAAACAAUUAUUGAUUACCAGUUUUUAAUUAAGUUAUCCAUUUAGUAUUGAUCGUUAGAUUGAUUCGCUUCGAUGGAUCUCUGCACUGUUUGCUGCUUUUUCUUAUAUUCGUUCAUGAUUGAUAACGUCUCAAAAUAGCCGACUAACGCUAGUUAUUUAAACAAAAAGAGUAAAAUGAAAUUUUAAGACUGAAGUGCCUAUUAUAUUGUGUUAUUUUUAAAUCGUGUUUAAGGACCGUUUACGUUGGCGAUCGAUCUCGGUAUUUUCGGUAGGUGUUAGUAAUGAAAGCUUUAAUUUGUUCAAAAAUCACCCCCCAAUAGAAAUAUAAUGUUGGAACGUUAGUUGGUAUUUUGAGGGUGAAAAAAUAUCGAACAUUCAUCGUUAGGAAGCCCAUAUCAUCAAUUUUCGUUAUUAAUUUCUAUUAAUAUAGGGAGCAAUCAUUAAUUAUUAGAGUUCUUGCCACAUUAAAGUAAUAGCUGUUACAUUAUUAGAUAAAACGAAAACAAGAAACAUAAUACAACAUAAUAUUAUAUACUU